UCCCGCAUGUGUCGCCUCCUCACCUGCAGUAAAUCUAAGGGUACAAAAAAUGCACAGAUGUGUUGUAAAAUACUACUAUGCAGAUGUGUCGUGUGGGCCCACCUCAAUUUUCACACAAAUGAUCAAAACCAUUUAUUUUGUCGAACAUAGUUUUCAUAUCAUCUCUGGGAAAAAUUAUGUUGAUCGAAUAUCGUUGAAUGCAUCAUUUAAUGAAUCAAUGUUCGAUUCAUAACUCUGAACUACGAAUUCUGUAUUGAAAAUUAUAUGAAACUCGAUAAUAUCCGAAUAAGUAGAUGUCUACCUAGAAAAGUAUAGAAACAAUUUUCUACAAAAUAAUCGGCUCUGAUUAUUUGUGUACGAGUAAAAUUUAAAGUUGGCCAACAUAGCACCUCGGUACAUUUUCUGUAGCCAUAGUCGGGUUCUCUCACCUGCCCACCGUACGUACUAUCGCUUUGAUUAUCGUUUCAGCUCCCCCAGGAAAUCACACACAGAGACCCCAAGGAGUAAUAAAAACAUCAUCUGUCUCUCUCUAGAGAGAGAGAGAGAGAGUGAUAUGUAUGGCGGAAGAGGUUUUUACGCUAUGCAGGCUGCCGGAGGUGGUGCCAACAAAACGAUAGUCAACCCGAUAAUGCUACGAUUCCGGCCGAUUGCACCGAAACCGGUUGCCGGAACUUCGGGAUCCGGCGAGGCACAGCCGGAGAACAGUGGCUCGGAUACUAAUGGAAGAAGGAAGAGAAAGUACGUGAGAGGUAAAAGGAAUAAUAGGUGCAAAACGAAGAAACUGGAAAACGGAAAUGCGGCGUUUGAUCGGACGGUUUUGGAGCCGCCGGUGUGUACUUCAGCCGCCGGAUCUAAUAGCAGUCAUGAUCUUGCGAUGGUAAGGAAAUUUCCGGUAUGGUUGAACUUCGACGGUAAGUUAGAUCAGAAGAGCAACACGAUGGAUCACGCCGCGUCAGAUCGGUCAGAUCUGACCGAUCUGACGGCUGUGGUUCCGCCGCCGAUGAAGACAGCGGAGUCGUGGGUGACGGUGGAAUGCGUGACGUUGACGGAUGCGUUCCACCGUCACGGAGGAGGAGAAGCGUGGUUGGGGAAAACAGACGGGGAGAGGAUGAAGAAUCUAGAGCUUGACACGUGUCCCGCCUUUGUAUCGGACAGCACUUACAGUGUGCGGUGGAUUAACCAAGCGUAUAGAGAAAUGGUGGUUGCGGUGGGGGAGGAGGAGGAGGAGGAAGGCGGUGAACGGUGGUCGUUGCGGCCGGAGACGGCGGUGAAGUUGGUGGUGAAGGAGGGGUUGCCGGCCGAGUAUCCGGCGUUUGCAUGUCGAGUGACGGUGGAGUAUUACACAUUGAGGAAAUCAAAGAUGUCGAGAACGAUGCCGUGUGAUGUGUGGAAGAUGGAUUAUGGAGGGUUUGCAUGGAGGCUGGAUGUCCAAACAGCUCUUAGUUUGGGACGUUAAUUAGAGCAAAUCAAUGCAAAGGGCAGCAGAAAAUCCUGAUCGAACAGGUAAUUAAUAGUAUGUUCUAAUCAAGUUUCAAACAGCCGUAACGGUGGCAGGAGUAUCGAAUGAUACAUUGCGAUAAUCUUGGGUCAACGAUCGUUAAGUUUUUGUCGUUUCACAAAAAGCUACUGCUAUUUAAAACCUUUGUUAUGAGCAAAGGCGAGAGAUCAGUCAGUUCUUAAGUGAUCUGGCUAGCUAGUGUGUAAUUCAUGUUCAUCUAGCUCGUGGAUGGUACCGUGUGUGUGUGUUUGUAAUUUUAUACGUAUAUAGAUCUAUGUACAUAUGCAUAUAAUGAGGAUCAAAUUGAACGUACUCUUUUUGGCA